AUGCAUAAUUCAAAAGCAUUUUACCUAAAGAAUUCUAGGAAAAAUUCUUGGUUUGAUUGCCACCGUCAAUUCUUGCAUCUCAACCAUCAGUUCAAAAGAAAUAGAGAUGGGUUUCUCAAAAAGGUGAUAGAAAAGAGUAGAAUUCCUCAAGUACAUACAGGUGAUGAGUUGUUUGAGCAAGUAUCUACCUUUCCAAAAAUUACAGAAGGUGUGAUUACUCGACAAAUUGGUUAUGGACACAAACAUAACUGGACGAAGAAGAGUAUAUUUUGGGAUUUAGUAUAUUGGAAAGAUCAUUUGCUCUGGCACAAUCUUGAUGUUAUGCACAUUGAAAAAAAUGUUUUUGAUAAUGUGUUCCAUACUGUGAUGAAUGUUAAAGGCACAAAUAAGAAUAAAGAUAGUGUAAAGUCUCGAUUGGAUGUACAUGAGUAUUGUAACCGACUGCAAUUACAUUUAGUUGAGCAUAAUGGAAAAGUGUUUAAGCCGAAAGCUAAUUACACUUUGGAACGGGAUGAACAAAGAGUUGUGUGUGAGUGGGUGCAAAAUUUGAAGUUGCCAGAUGGGUUUGCAUCAAAUGUAGCAAACUGUGUAAAUGUUAAUGAAAACAAAUUGUGUGGUUUGAAAAGCCAUAACUGUCACAUCUUUAUGGAAUGCUUGAUGACAAUUGCGUUUUCUUUGUUACCCCAUACAUGUUGGAAAGUUAUAGCAGAACUAAGCAUUUUCUUCCGUCAUCUUUGUUCUGCCACACUAUUUGUGAAUAAGGUUCAAGAAUUAGAAGAGAGCAUUGCACAUUUGAUUUGUAAAUUAGAAAGAAUUUUUCCUCCAACAUUUUUUGACUGUAUGGAGCAUUUACUAGUUCACUUACCGUAUGAAGCAAGAUUAGGAGGACCAGUGCAAUACCGUUGGAUGUAUCCAUUUGAAAGAUUUCUUAAUUUCUUAAAAAGAAAGAUAAAGAAUAAGAGUCGGGUAGAAGGUUCUAUAUGUGAAGCAUUUAUCAUUGAAGAGACUACUACUUUUGCUUCAUAUUAUUUUGAAGCUCAUGUGCAAAGUAGAUAUACAAGGAUUGGUCGGAACUUAGAUGAUGGUGGAGUUAAUAAUGCAACACCAUAUACACUAUCUGUGUUCAACCUUCCAGACCGCCUUAUGGGUGCUUCAAGCAAAAGAUAUAUGGAUGAAAAAGAAGCUGAUGCAGCACAUCAACAUAUUUUGCUCAAUUGCGAAGAAGUAAAACCAAUUCUAAGGAUGUUUGAAGAUGGAUUGUGUGCAUUAAAUCCUGGGAUUACAAAUGCGCAAGUGGACAAAGAAGUUGAAAACUAUUUUGCAAAGUGGUUUCAAACUUAUGUAAAUCAUUACAGAGAUGGGUUACAAAACAAAUUUCUCAUUGAUUUAGCAUGUGGUCCACUGUUGGAAGUCAAAACAUACUCUGGAUACAUUGUGAAUGGGUAUAAGUUUCAAACAUAUUCAUAUUGUAAUGGCAAAUCUACUACAAAUAGUGGAGUGUGUGUUAAAGGGACAGGACUUGCUGAAGGUGAAGCUGAUUUCUAUGGCAUUUUGAAUGAGAUUGUUGAAAUUGAGUACCCAAAUCUACCAAUAAAAAAGGUGGUUCUUUUCAAAUGUGAGUGGUUUGAUCCUAUGCCUAAUAUUGGUACUCGAGUGCUCUCUGAAUAUAGCAUUGUUGAGGUGCGACAAAACCGAAGAUGCCAAAAGUAUGACCCCUUCAUUAUCGCUCAAAAUGCUUCUCAAGUUUAUUAUUUGUCAUAUCCUCGAGGUGCUAAAGACAAGUCAAAUUAG